AUGUCCAGUGAAGAAGCCAGGAAUGUUGGUAUUACCGGUGGUGGUGGCGGUACUGGAGGAGGUGGUGGUGGUGGGGGUGGCGGUGGUGGUGGAGGAGGAGGCGGAGGUGGUGGUGGAGAUGGAGGAGGAGCUGGCGGUGGAGCUGGAGGUGGUGCGGGUGGUGGAACUGGAGGCGGAACUGGUGGUGGAACCGGAGGUGGAACUGGUGGUGAUACUGGGGGUGGUGGUGGUGAUGUAGGUGAUGUCGUAGCUGGCGUUGUUGGUGACGGUGGAGUUCCCGUUGGUGAUGUUGUAGCUGGCGGACUUGGCGCUGGAGAUGGUGAAGGGGUAGUGGGAGGAAAAGUUGGAAUCGUUGGAACUGGUGUUGUUGGUAUUGUGGGUGUAACAGUUGGUGGUGGUGGUGGUCCAGGUGGUGGUAUUGGUGGUGGUGGUGGUGGAGGUGGUGGGGGCGGUGCAGGCCAUGGUGAUGGUGGUGGUGGAGGUGGUGGGGGCGGUGCAGGCCCUGGUGGUGGUGGUGGUGGAGGUGGUGGGGGCGGUGUAGGACCUGGUGGUGGUGGUGGUGCAGGCCCUGGUGGUGGUGGUGGUGCAGGCCCUGGUGGUGGUGGUGGUGCAGGCCCUGGUGGUGGUGGAGGUAGUGGUCCCGGUGGAGGAACGGGUCCAGGUGGUGGCGGUGGUAGCGGAGGAGGAGGUGGUGGUGGAAGCGGAAGUGGAGGUGGUGGUGGAAGUGGUGGAGGUGGUGGUUGUGGUAAUGGAGGCUGUACUGGUGGUACUGGCGGUAAAGGUGUUGAGGGUAUGGUCGGUGGAAACGACGGUUGUGAUGGUGAUGUAGUUGGUGUUGCAGGUAAUGGAGUAGUUGGUGCUAAAGUUAGUGUACCUGCAGUUGGUAAAAUAGUUUCAAAUAUAGGUGGUCUCGAAGGUGAUGGUGGCAAAAUUCUAACUAUUGUCGGUUUGGCCGUUGUAUUAAACUUAUCAAAAAAUAUUGGUAAAAAACGUCCUUCUAUGUUAUUAUCCAAACUUUUGAUGACAUUAUAUGGUCGCUUUUUGAAUGAAUAA